AUGGAACAAAAUCCCCUCUGCAUCUCCGGCGUUGUUAACAAAGAACUCAAGAAAGUGUCCGGAGAUGCCCACGAAACGUUCUCUUCAGACGGAAGAAUAAACGAACACAUCGGCCAAUUGAUCGAAAGUCGGCGCAUCAUUGCGCCGAUAUCACCCUUCUGGCGACCCGACAACCGAAAACGUUCUAGAAUGGGUCAGAAGAGCUGCCAAUCUUGGUGUCGGAGAUCGAGCUACUAUGCUCUUUUCCCACGUCGGCGGGAACGUCAAAUAAACAACGUCUUCCGCCCUCAAACUGGUGGGUUGCGCGCGCUCAAUUAUUCUGCCUUGGCGUGGUGCGUAGUUCCGCUUAGUCACUGCAACUCGCUCUAUAAUUCGACUCUUUGUGCCGAGAUGGUUACUGAACUGGCUUUGUUAGACCGUUACAUGCGACGAACAUUUCGUUCGAAGCUCGCUUCAAUUGCGCUCAAAUUGACGCGGCGACGUGUUCAGAUUACAGUACAGCGUUUUGAGACGAACAAAUUUUGUCUGAUCGUAAAGUGUCAUCAUAUUUCUGCCCACGCUCGCCCGAAGCUACCACGCCGCAAUGGAAUCCGUGCAGCAUUCGGAGAUGCGGCCAUGCAUUUAAUGGAGGUGGUUCAGGAGAUGGACCCUGAAAACAUCAUAUUGAAGCCUAACCCACGAAACCAGAGGUCCGAUGGUUGGGUAUUCGAGCGCCCCCUCAAGUUCCCCGAGAAAAUCUUGACCAAUGGGUCAUGGAUCUUCGUGCUCAUCGCCAAUUCAGCUCUCAUGACUUCUUGCAAGAGAAAAGUACUCGAAAGCGGUACCCUGCUCGAGCUGAGUCCCUCAGCCUCAGGAGUUAAAAGGAGACAGUCUCAUAACAUCAACAAUGAAGACUUGGGAAAUCAAAGCUACCGUCCACUCUUGAAGAACCUUCUCCCAUUAUCAAAUCCUCGGACCAAGAAAGCAUCUCAUACCAAGAUGUCUAGCGGAAACAAUGACCCAGACCAUGCAACAAAGCAGGCAUACCCCAAAACAUCAUCUCUCAUCGUAGAGAACGCAUAA